UUGAACAGUAAGCAGUUUUCUGUGUAACUGCAAUCAUGAUGGGUUGGCAGCAUUAUCUUUAUUUAUUUGCUGUUGUUGAGUUGAAAUUAUGUUAUUCUUCUGAAAUGGAGCAGAAUCUACCCAGAGGCCAUUUGCAGCCUUUAGGAGGUCAUGCUGAUCCAGAUACCGUUCCUGAAUUUAACCCAGGCAGUUAUCCAACCCCGGAAGAGUUUUGGAAGAAAUUUGUCAAACCAUCAAAGCCUGCAGUUUUUAGGGGUGCCACCAAGAGUUGGGGAGGUUACACUAAAUGGACCGACGAAUAUUUGAUUAAAAACUAUGGGGAUUUUGAGCUGCGACUCGAGGGACGGAAAGAGAAAUUUGGCAGAACACCAUAUGGAGUUUUGGGUGUUGGAAGGGACACAAUGGAGCAUUUUGUAAAAAGUUAUCAUAAUCCAGACCACAAGGGAUAUAUUGUAACAGAGUUACCAGAGCCAAUGUACCAUGAAGCUGGUGUGUUACCAUUUAUGACCUGUGGAACAUUUAGGCAUCAAAUGGUAGAGGUCGAUUUCUGGAUGAAUGGUGGGAAUGCAAGCAGUGUCUUACACAAAGAUGCUUUUAAUACAGUGAACUGUCUUUUAAAUGGGACCAAGGAGUGGAAACUGAUUGCUUUAGAGCAGGAGAAGAACAUCUACAAGGCAUGGGAAGCUGCCCCUUCCUUUGGAGGAUAUUCUAAAAUAAAUGUGCAUUCUGUGGACUUACAUAAGUACCCAAAGGUUUCACAAGUGCCAUGGCAAUUUACAAAGAUUGAGAAGGGAGACUGUUUGUUUCUCCCCAAAGGGAUGUACCAUAAUGUGUUGUCAUAUGGAUCAAACAAUGUUGCUGUUGCCCUGUUGUUUUCCAGGUUUGACAGGUACAAGAAAAGGGAUCUGGAUUUUAGUGACUGUGACAAUGUGACCCAAGAAUCAAAGCCAUUAAGUGAUUUUAUUGUUGAUUGGAUGUACCCAGGUAAAGGAGAUCUCUCUAUGGGAAAUGCUGACCUUGAAGAUGUUCGAAUUGGCAUGCUUGAAAAUGUUAACAAAAAAGGUAUAUACACUCUUAAAAGACUUAUAAAGGCAGUUCAUAAAAUAUAUUCCGAGAAAGAUAUCAAGUUUGCUAGAGAUUAUGCCACAAAGGCUUAUGAGACUUUGACAAAUGGAGCAGAAAAUCUUACACAAGAAAUGAUAAGAGCAUUUUCUAAAGAGAAGUUGAGAGUUGCUGCCAUGUGCUUUGAAAGGGUUGACCCAUCAAAUGCUCCAUGGUUUGAAUAUAACAGCAUAGACCCAGAAGCAAUAAAAGAAACACUAUUGCUUCAUUUGAAAAAGCACAAAGGUAAUUUAUCAAGAGAAAAAUUCCUUGAAGUCUAUGUAGAAGGCCUGGAAGGAUCCCAAACAUUUGGCAACAGAUUUUUUGACAUUCUUGGUGGGGAAAAUGCAAAUACAGUUUCUCAAGAAAUGGCAAAGCGCAAUUUGCCAAUUGCUCUCGAAAAAUACAAUGAACGACAAGUGGAGGGAGAAGAGGCUGCUACUCCAGAAAUCUACAGACAGGCAAAGAAGCCAUCUGAUUAUGAUGAGGGUGAUGUUGACACUAUGCUUGAAGAAGAAAAAAGAGAAAGGACCAAGAGAUAUUUGGUCGGAGAUGAUGAAGAGGAACAAGAAGAGGAACAAGAAGAGCCUGAAGAUGUUGCAGAUGAGGAUGAGGAAAUGGACAAUGAAUUUGUUCCAAUUAAUGGAAAAACAGAACAACAUGACGAGCUUUGACAUGUAGAUGCGAGCAUUAGGGCUGUUGUAGUUAAUUUUUCUGUUUCAUCUUAAAUGCUUAUUUUUAUGUUGUCAGCCGUUUUUCCUUACAUAAACAUCCUUUAAUGAAAUGUAUUUUAUUUUGUCGGAAUGAAUCUUAUCUCUCUCUAAGA